AUGGCUAGUAAACGGCCAAGAUGGACACCAGAGGAGGCAGAGAUCCAUGAGAAACUCAAAUCCACUCUGAAGAGCAAGUUUCAGGAGCUGGUUGAGGGAGUACCCAAUCAGGGAGACCCCAGACUCCUCCAAGAGAUCUACACAGACCUCUACGUUACAGGGGGGGGAGGAGGAGGGGUCAAUUAUGAGCAUGAGGUCAGACAGAUAGAGGGAGCAUCCUGGAUAAGAGUAGCACAAGAUAGACCAAUCAAAUGCAGUGACCUCUUUAAACCCAGAGGAGAAGCAGCACAAGAUGGACCAGUUAGCAGCAUCAAUCCCUUAUCUGUAAAGCACAAACCCAUCAGAACAGUGCUGACUAAGGGAGUGGCCGGCAUUGGAAAAACAGUCUCUGUGCAGAAGUACAUUCUGGACUGGGCUGAAGGAACAGCCAAUCAGGAUGUCCACUUUAUAUUUCCUCUUCCUUUCCGAGAGCUAAACUUGAUGAAGGAGAAGCAACUCAGUCUGGUGGAGCUCAUUCAAAUGUUUUUCCCAGAAGUAAAAGACCCAAGAGUCUUCACCAGUUCACAGCAUAGAAUCGUGUUCAUCUUUGAUGGUCUGGAUGAGUGUCGACUUCCUCUAGAUUUCCUCUCCAACCCGAGGUGUUGUGAUGUGACAGCGUCAGCCUCAGUGGAUGUGUUACUGACAAACCUCAUCAAGGGGAAUCUGCUUCCCUCUGCUCUCCUCUGGAUCACCACCCGACCAGCAGCAGCCAGUCAGAUCCCUCCUGAGUAUGUGGACCAGGUGACAGAAAUUAGGGGAUUCAAUGACCCACAGAAAGAAGAGUACUUCAGGAAGAGAAUCAGCGAUGAGAACCUGGCCAGCAGAACAGUCACACACAUAAAGUCAUCUAGGAGCCUCUACAUCAUGUGCCAUAUUCCAGUCUUCUGCUGGAUUACAGCCACUGUUGUAGAGAGAACAUCAGAAUCAGAGAGAGUAAAAAUGCCACGGACUCUCACUCAAAUGUACACACUCUUCUUGAUAGUUCAGACAAGCAUCAAACAGAAGUACACAGAGAGAACAGAUGAAGAGGUGAUUUUCCAACUUGGGAAACUGGCUUUCCAACAGCUGGAGAAGGGCAAUCUGAUCUUCUAUGAGGAGGACCUGAGAGAGUGUGGCAUUGACAUCACAGAAGCAUCAGUGUACUCAGGAGUGUGUACCCAGAUCUUCAGAGAGGAGGCUGGGCUGUGCCACGGGAGGGUGUUCAGCUUUGUGCAUCUGAGCAUCCAGGAGUUUCUUGCAGCUCUGUAUGUGUUCCUCUGCUUCAGCAACAGACAGAGAAACAUACCUGACCAACAGCAAACCUCUCAGCCCUCUGCUCUGUUCAGAGCUGAAACACUUCUUGAUCUACACAAGACUGCAGUGGAACUGGCCUUACAGAGUAAGAAAGGACACCUGGACCUUUUCCUCCGCUUCCUUCUUGGUCUCUCAUUGGAGUCCAAUCAGAAUCUCUUAAAACACCUACUGCUGCAGAGUAGUAGCCAAUCAGAUAGCUCAGAACAAACAGCUCAGUAUGUCAAACAGAAGAUCAGAGAUCAACAUGAUUCAAACAGAAUGAUUAACCUGUUCUACUGUCUGAAUGAGCUGAAUCACCAUGCUGUAGUGGAGCUCAUUGACAAGAGCUCUGGAACUCUGUCUGUAGUCAUGCUCUUACCAGGAGAGUGGAGGACUGCAAAGUUUGAGUUUAAGAUUCCAGAAGAGCAGCUGGAUGAGUUUGACCUGCAGAGGUACAUAACGACACCAGAGGAAGAUCAGACUGAACUCCUCAGUCCAGAUGAAGUUCUCCAGAAGCUGCUGCCAGUGGUCACAACUUCCACAUCAGCUGUGCUGCAGGUCUGUGAGCUGACAGAGAAGAGCUGCUCCUAUCUGGCCUCUGCUCUCACAUCACUCUCCUCAACACUCACACUGCUGGACCUGAGUUGGAAUCACCUGCAGGACUCAGGAGUGGAACUUUUAUGUUCUGCUCUUUCUCAUCAGAACGGCAAACUGGAGGAACUACGGCUGCAGUGCUGUAACCUGACAGAGAAGAGCUGCUCCUAUCUGGCCUCUGCUCUCACAUCACUCUCCUCAACGCUCAGACUGCUGGACCUGAGUAAGAAUGACCUGCAGGACUCAGGAGUGGAACUUUUAUGUUCUGCUCUUUCUCAUCAGAACUGCAAACUGGAGGAACUACGGCUGCAGCGCUGUAACCUGACAGAGAAGAGCUGCUCCUAUCUGGCCUCUGCUCUCACAUCACUCUCCUCAACACUCACACUGCUGGACCUGAGUAAGAAUGACCUGCAGGACUCAGGAGUGGAACUUUUAUGUUCUGCUCUUUCUCAUCAGAACUGCAAACUGGAGGAUCUACGGCUGCAGCUCUGUAAGCUGAAAGAGAAGAGCUGCUCCUAUCUGGCCUCUGCUCUCACAUCACUCUCCUCAACACUCAGACUGCUGGACCUGUGUAGUAAUGACCUGCAGGACUCAGGAAACUGCAAACUGGAGGAACUAUGGUAA